UGAGGAAACUUUAUAUACGAUAAUUUAACGCUUAUAAAUUACAUCUCUUUUUUCAAUUAUAAACUAUUAUCUUCCGAUUUUAAUUUUUUGCUAAAGUAAGGUUGUGUUAAAGGAAUAGGAAUGCUUAGUCUAUUUUAUGCUGUGUCAUUAAUUUUAAGCGGUUUUAUGACUGAUAAAAAAGCCUAUAUCACAGUACGCGUUAAAGAUUGAGAUUUGAGAUUGAGAAUCUUUAAUGCAUAGCUGAUGCUGGCUUAACAAAAAUGACUUUGGAAUAAAAAGGUUGAAAAUUUCUGUUAUUAAGUAAUGUGAACACACAAAUAGUUUUUUUGUAGAAGUAUUACGUAUGGUGAAGAGUGUGUGUCAAUUAUGACACUAUUAUUACUGAAUUUUACCGGCGCUACAAAUAUUUGCAACUGAUAGUUUUUUGGCUGAGAUCCUUGUUGACAUCCUUUAAAUGAAAAUAUGUUCAGUCCUAUACAGAUAAAGCAUGAAUAUUCAACUGUAGAAGAUGUGAACACAUGUAACAGAAUUAAUACUUCGGACAAUUCCAUAUAUCCUAUUUUUAUCAAUCAAGAUGUCGAGUACAAACAUCGUCAUUUUUGGGAGCAAAUGCAGUUAUCAAGUGAGAUGCCCACAAAAAAUGAAAUGCAUAAUCAACAGGCUAUGUUCCAGACAGAAGAAACUGGGACCUUUUCAUAUAUGAAAGAUUAUGUACAAAAUAGUAUAUUCUAUCAAAUUAAUCAAGAGGAUGGCAAUAAUCAAAUGUCAACAAGUAAUCAGUGUUAUCAGAAUACAAAUAACAUUAUCAUGACGCAAGAGAACAAACAAUUACCACAAGAUUUGCCAAAUGGAGAAAGUAUCGAUCAGGCAUUGCCAGCCCAGUCAUCAACUUCCGUAAAAAACAAUCGCCUUGGAAGACCAUCCAAAAGUUCUGGUACAGAAUCUGGUACAGGGAAAAAAUUGAAAUGUCAAUGUGAGAUAUGUUUCAAAGAAUUUGGACAUAAAAGUAAUUUAUUCAUACAUAUGAGAACUCAUAAUGGGGAAAGGCCGUACAAGUGUAGUCAAUGUGAGAAAUGUUUUACGCACAGUGGAAACUUGGCUAUUCAUAUGAGAACUCAUUCCGGUGAACGUCCAUAUGGUUGCCAAAUAUGUGGAAAAAUGUUUAGCCAUAGUGGAAAUCUCUCAACUCACUUAAGAACUCAUUCAGGUGUGAAACCUUAUAAAUGUAGCGUGUGUAGUAAAGAAUUUAGACAUAGUGGUAACUUAUCGAUACAUGAGAGGAUACAUUCUGGGAUUAAACCAUUUCAAUGUAAAAUCUGUGGGAAAGAAUUCUAUCAUAGUGGUAAUUUGACGACUCAUAUGAAGAAACAUCCUAUAGAUAUAAACACAACUGAUUGCGAAGAUGAUCAAAAGCAUAUACUGCAUGCUGGUAUGGAUAUUAAUAAUACUACUUCAAAUUAUUUAAACAAUGUGUCUUUAACGCUCAAUGAUGAGAUUAAAUCUAUGCAUAAUACUAGUAAUACGGUUCCUAUAAAAAAUGAAAGUACAGAAGACACUGUAACAAAUACCAUGGGAAGAUUAGCAUCUAGUUCUAUUUGAAAUUGUAUAAGAUUAUUAUAUAUAUUUUAGAGAGCAUGUGGUAAGUUACUUAUACACAAUCUGUUACAAGUCAAUGGAAUUUUUUUUAUAUCUUAAAUUAAUGAAAUUGCAUCAUUGUAAUAGCUAGUUAAAGCAUUGAAAAAAAUUCUUAAUGGCAUCUAAAUGAUAGAAAAGAAUACAUUUUAUUGAUAACAUCAAAUUUUUAA